AGUGCUCGCCUUCUCAGUAUGAGUCUAGGCAGCACUUUCGUGCUGAGCGGCUCGCCUCAGCGCGGCGGUAGGCGGCGAACUGGCGAGCCGUACAUGCCCAAGAUCAUCACCACAGUCGGGCAACGACCCGCAUGCUUAGUCAAUGCUUCCGUAACGUACGUCGGCAACGACUUGAUUUAUGCGUUCGGCGGCUUUGAUCAAUACACCGACGAAGUGUACAACCACGUGCUCAAACUCAACCUCGCGGCGAAGCAAUGGAGCUUGGUAGACAACUACGGUGACAUUCCGGGAGUGCGUAUGGGGCAUACGUCGUGCUUAUGGCAGGGUGACAAGCUGUUGGUCUUCGGCGGCGAGAACGAACACCGGAUACAUCUGUCCGACGUGGUCAUCUUCGACAUUAAGACUGCUCACUGGACGCAACCCGACAUCAACGGCCCGAUCCCGCGCGGUAGAGCGAGACAUUCAGCUGUCAUUCAUGAUGACAAGCUGUUCAUCUGCGGUGGUAUGAGCGGUAGCGAGAACGGUGUGUUGGACGACAUCUGCUUCCUGGAUCUCAAGACGUGGACGUGGAGUCGGACAUGGCGGUUUGUGCCACGGUAUGACCACUCAAGCUGGGUUUGGGGCGGGAAGAUCUGGGUCAGCGGAGGCAUGGGUGAAGAGAUGGAACGUACGAACGAGGUCUGGUGGCUCGACUUCAGGGGUGCUCCAGCCUUCGAAGGCGGCCCGUCGUACGGCUCCAUAGCUGCCGACGAUGCAAGGCCGCUCAAUGAGCAGUACCAAGGCUGGAGCUACCAAGCGACCGGAGGUGCUCCUGCGAUGGGUCCGUCUGGCUAUGCCUCUAACACAAGCGCUGUGCAGUCCAACUCUGCAACGCAGCUCCAGCGAAGUCCACCGGUAGCGCCUGGCGCGAUCAGCAGCGUCAAGUUUAUAUCCUCGCCGAAUCUGCCAAUGCAAAACGUUGGCUCCCAUUUCCAUGUGUUCAGCUCAGGCUGCAUGCUCGACUUCGUUACUCCCGCGACGAACAUGCCGCUCGAGACUUCUCUUUCUGCGCUCGACCUCGACACCCUACGCUGGCAGAAGCUAGCAGAUGGCAAGGACCUGUUUUCUCCAUUGUAUCGAUGGCAUUAUUGCUGCCUAGAUGCUGAUGGCACGCACGCCUGGCUUCUUGGCUGUCCACGUGAAGUGCGCAACAACAAUGGCAAUGGCGAGGCCGAGGAGUACCUGAGCGAUGUGUUGCCUAUUGACCUUCGCAAGUUCGGGCUGUUGGGCAACAAAAUGAGCCAAGAGGCUCGACUUGAGCAACGUAUCCCACUAUCGGAUACGAACAGCUCGUCGCACUUGUCGGCAAUUGGGGCGGAUCUGGCGCGGACAUUCAACCAACCUCCGGAGACCGCCUCUGGAACCGACUUUGUAGUCACUGCGCUGCGCGACGAUGAUUAUCAGCUCGAAGAGCUAUCGGAGGAUGGCUCGCCGGCAGUCAGCCACUCCAUAUCGGCGAACGUGCCGUCUGCGCCGCCCUCUGCGGAUGGCUCAACGACAAGUACAAACACUUCUCAACCAAUCCACGUUCACCGCUUAAUUCUUAGCGCACGAUGGCCACAUUUCGCACGGCUGUACAACGCACAAAUGUCCGAAUUCCACACCCGCCGCAUGCACAUCCCAGAACCCUACCCAGCCGUCAAAGCCUUCCUCUACUAUCUGUACACCGACAGCAUAUCCACCCCUCAUACCGCCGCCGCCGACGUUGCAUUCGAACCUUCCGCCGCAAGCCCCACGCUCGAGGACGUCGCGAAUAUGCUUGUAAUGAGCAAUAUUUACGACAUGCCCCGCCUUCGCCACCUAUGCGUCAACCGUCUCGUGCGUGAUCUCGAUGUGCAGCAUGCGGCGCUGAUCUUCGACCGCGCUUCCACGGCACAAGAAGACUGGCUCAAGCGGAGGGCGGCAAGUUUCUGCAUGACGCAUUGGGGUCGUGUAGUGCGGACUUCCGCUUUCAGGAACCUGAAGCGGAGCGCCAUGCUUGAGCUUUGCGAAGGAGUGGACGCCGAAGGCCGGGUGGUCGGUGGCGAUGAGCUUGAA